UCGCCCUGCAGCGCGCUCAGCCGAGGCGGAGGGAGGGGCGGAGCGGAGCUCGGCGAACAUGGCUGCGGAGGGAGAAGGAGGAAGCCGCCAGGCCGUGCAAACCCUGCAGGAAUUGGUCGAUGGCCUGUACUAUUUCCGGGAUCACUACUUUGAAAGCCACAGCGUGGAGGAUGCUGGGAGAAAGCAGCAGGAUGUGCUGGAGGAAAUGGAGAAAACGCUACAGCAGAUGGGCGAGAUAGAUGAUUGUUCCCAAGGCCGGGCUUGGGCGCUGAUGCUGAAGGGGAAGGCUCUGAACGUUACACCCGACUACAAGCCCCAGGCUGAGGAGCUGUUGGCCAAGGCUGUGAAACUGGACCCGGAGCUGGUGGAAGCCUGGAACCAGCUGGGCGAGGCCUACUGGAAAAAGGGCGAUAUCACAGCAGCCUACACCUGCUUCUCUGGGGCCCUGGGGCAUCAGAAGAACAAGGUCUCGCUGCAGAAUCUGUCCAUGGUGCUGCGGCAGCUGCGAGCCGAGAGCACAGAGCAGCACACCCAGAACGUCAUGGACAGUGUCCGUCAGGCCAAGCUGGCUGUCCAGAUGGACGUGCAGGAUGGCCGGUCGUGGUACAUCCUGGGAAAUGCCUACCUCUCGCUGUUCUUCAACACAGGCCAGAACCCCAGUAUCUCCCAGCAGGCCCUAAGUGCGUAUGCCCAGGCGGAAAAGGUGGAUCCUACAGCAUCCUGUAACCCAGACCUGCACCUCAACAGAGCUACGCUGCAUAAAUACGAGGAGAAUUAUACGGAGGCCCUGGAGGGGUUUUCCCGUGCGACAACCCUUGACCCAGCCUGGCCCGAACCCCAGAAGCGCCAGCAGCAGCUUCUGGAUUUCCUGGAGCGACUCACCAGCCUCCUGGAGAACAAGGGCAAAGUGAAGGUUAAGAAGCUGCAGAGCAUGUUGGGAAGCCUGCGCCCAUCCCACCUGGGCCCCUGUGGGGAUGGGCGGUACCAGGGGUCCUCAGGCCAUAAGGUGGCACUGGAGCAUCGGCUCCUGAGCGCCUUACAGCCGGGUGUGAACACUGGGGCUGUAGUGCUGGGCAGGGUGGUCUUCAGCCUCACCACGGACGAGAAGGUGCCCUUCACGUUCGGCCUGGUUGACUCCAAGGGCCCCUGUUUUGCUGUCACUGUCUAUAACAUGGUCCAGAGCUGGGGUGUGCUCAUCGGCGACUCAGUGGCCAUCCCUGAGCCGCACCUCCGGCAUCACCACGUCCAGCACGAGGGCAAGAGCUUCUCCUUCCCCGGGAUCCGUGUGGAGACCCCACUCCUGCUGGUGGUGAAUGGCAAGACGCAGGGACCUGGCACCCAGGCGGCAGCUAGAGUGGCAUACCGAGUGCAGAGCGAAUGAUGCUCUGGGGAGAGAAUGUGCAAAGAUAGCUUCUUGCCCUCCCUGCUACUGGAGGGGUCAGACUUGUCCUGCUGUUUGCUACCCUCUGGUGGAUCCCAUGAAUAUAAUGGCUUAGAGAGGCUUGUGGGGCCGACAGGGGAUUUACAACUGGGUAUUGGGGCAAAGGAUGGGGACUGAGAAUGGGGUGAUUUCCCCCCCCCCCCCGCACGCACACACACAAAGAGGAACAGAGGUCCCUCUUUUCCCAUCCUCUCUCCACUCAACAUGGCCAUCUCUCCCAUGGCAAUGAGCUCUACCCAAGCUCUGCUCCUGGUACCCCAAAAAACCACUCCAAUGGGCUGAUCCCAGGUGUGAAGAAAUUGCACUGGGACUAGGAGACCCCUACCAAGCCCACCAAUGCCUCCUUCAUCAGCACCUGUGCUCUGCCCUUUCUCCUCCUCUCCUUUUCCACACUCCCCCUUCCUGUCUCCUUCCCAUGGGCUGGAAUCACUGGCCCUGAUCCCCCUCGGUUUGUCUGGCUUAUGACGUAGGGACAGUCAAAGAUGAUUAAAGGGUGUUGUAGGUGCCUAGUCCCUGUGGGUUUGGGGGUCGGACUUUUUUAGGGCCCUUUCACAGCAGGUCUGGCCCGAGGCCCUGCUCUGUGUGUGUACAGAACGGGUCUGGCCUGGGGGGCCCUGCUCUGUGUGUGUGUGUACAGAGCGAGUCUGGCCCGGGGGCCCUGCUCUGUGUGUGUACAGAGCGAGUCUGGCCCGGGGCCCGGCUCUGUGUGUGUACAGAGCGAGUCUGGCCCGGGGGCCCGGCUCUGUGUGUGUACAGAGCGAGUCUGGCCCGGGGGCCCGGCUCUGUGUGUGUACAGAGCGGGUCUGGCCCAGGGGCCCGGCUCUGUGUGUGUACAGAGCGGGUCUGGCCCAGGGGCCCGGCUCUGUGUGUGUACAGAGCGGGUCUGGCCCAGGGGCCCGGCUCUGUGUGUGUACAGAGCGGGUCUGGCCCGGGAGCCCGGCUCUGUGUGUGUACAGAGUGGUGGUAUAUUUAUUAUGGAAGGUUUGUUUUGUUUUAUAAUUUUAUACGUUUAAAGGUUUGUGUUUUUAAUUUUGUAAUGAAUAAAAUCUGUUAUCGAAGAGGUU